CAAAACUAAUAAUUAAUGAUUUAUCAUAUCACCGAAAUCCACAUCAUCGCUCAUGCUGAUGCCCUCACACUCUCACUAGGACGAGUGGACACCCCUUCUCCUUCUCCUCUCGUCUCUGCUACAAGCACCCACUCAUCACCCUUGAAGAAGCAAGGAUUAAAAAUGGCCAUAUCUUCUCCCACUUCCCAUUUUACGUUUACCCCUCUCGUUGUAGCUUUUUUACUUCUCUGCAACUCUACUCCCAUUUUAGCAAUCAACAUCACAGCCCUGCUUUCCUCAUUCCCCGAACUAUCCUCCUUCGCCACCCUCAUCUCCUCCGCACCCUCCGUCGCCUCCGAUCUAUCUCGCCGCACUUCUAUCACCCUCCUCGCUGUCCCCAACUCUUACCUCGCCGCCUCUGCGGACCUCACGCGCCGCCUCUCUCCGUCAUCUCUAGCUGACCUCCUCCGCUACCAUGUUCUCCUUCAAUUCCUCUCUUGGUCCGACCUCAGCCUGAUCCCGCCGUCGGGAACUCUCGUCACAACUCUCUUCCAAACUACCGGCCGUGCCUCCUCCAAUUUUGGUUCUGUCAACAUUACCCGCAAUCCCUCCACAAACGCCGUCACAGUCCGCUCCCCUGCACCCUACUCACCCUCAAAUGCCACCGUUUUGUCCCUCGUCAAAACCCUUCCUUACAACAUCACAAUAUUCUCCGUCAAUUCCCUUCUCAUCCCGUACGGCUUCGAUCUAAUGGCCUCCGAGACAAGACCCACUCCUGCCAUCAACAUCACCAAGGCCUUAAUGGACGGUCAUGACUUCAAUGUUGCGGCGUCGAUGCUGUUGGCCUCUGGCGUACUCUAUGAAUUUGAGGCGGACGAGGGUGGUGCCGGAAUAACUAUGUUCGUACCAACCGACGCUGCAUUCGCAGAUCUUCCAAGUUCAGUUAAUUUACAGUCUCUGUCUGCUGAAAAGAAAGCAACUGUGUUGAGAUUUCAUGUAUUGCAUUCAUAUUAUCCACUGGGUUCGCUUGAAUCGAUAGUGAACCCGCUCCAACCCACAUUGGCUACAGAGGCCAUGGGAGCUGGGAGUUACACGCUCAACAUUUCAAGGGUAAAUGGAUCUGCGACAAUCAAUACAGGAAUCGUUCAGGGAUCAGUGACACAGACUGUUUUUGAUCAAAAACCAGUUGCCAUUUUUGGGGUCUCGCAAGUUCUGUUGCCUAUAGAGAUUUAUAGGAAGGUGACGACGAAGCCGAUUAAUAUCGCUCAGUCGCCGGAGAUAUCACCGUCUCCGGAUAGUACCCCAGGACUGGAUGGACCGUCAUCCUCACCGCCUGGUGUUGGUGUAGAGAUUCGAUCUUGGGGAGCUCGGAUUGACGGUAUGCGGAACUUCAUUCUUGCACAGUUUUGUAUAGGAUUGUAUCUAUUGGUAUGAAUUUCAAUUAUUUCGCUUCAUUAUAUAUUUGAUUUUUUUUCUUCUUAUUUUUACACGACGAUGAAUUGAAUUUGGCUAAAAAGGGGCCAUUUUUCCCCCCUUUCUUGUAUAAAUUGUUGAUUCUGAUCAUGUUUCAAUGAUCUAUAGAAGACACACCCAUUAUUGUUUC